AUGUCCAACAGCGUCUCUUACUACUUCAUCCUCUCGUCGACGAUCGGCUGCUCGCUGAUCGUCGUCGCCUCCUUGCUCUCUCUUUAUUCCCUCACACUCGACAUCCAACAGUUCGAGCAGGAGAUCAACAGUGAAAUGCUUCACUUCAAAAUUCGAUCCAAUGAUGUUUGGGAUCGAAUGGUCAAGGGGAACCAGGCGACUGCAUCCGAUUCCGUUUCGUUCGGAAGAGUGAUCCUUUCAAAGAGAGCCGCCGGAUAUGCGACUGGAGAUGCCGGAGGACAGUGCAAUUGUGCUGCCCAGUCCACUGGAUGCCCAGCUGGACCACCAGGACCUCCAGGACAAGAUGGAACUCCGGGAGAGCCGGGAGAGGCCGGAAAGGACGGAGAGAGCGGAUCUGGAGGAGCUGCUGACAGCUUCCCUGGAGCCGCAGGAAACUGCAUCAAAUGCCCAGCAGGACCGCCAGGACCUGCAGGACCUGAUGGAAACGCUGGACCAGGGGGACCUCCGGGACAACCAGGACCUGAUGGAAAUGCCGCCGGACCAGGAGCGGCCGGACCGGCAGGACCUGCAGGACCACCAGGCCUUGAUGGACAACCGGGAGCGCCGGGAGCCGAUGGAGCUCCGGGAGCCGCUGGAACUUCGAGCACCAACCAGCCAGGACCAGCAGGACCCGCUGGACCACCAGGACCACCAGGACCAGCUGGACAAGACGGCGCCGCGCCACAAUCCCAACCAGGACCAGCUGGACCACCAGGUCCUCCUGGAAACGAUGGAGCUGCAGGAGCUCAAGGAGCGCCAGGAGGACCGGGAACUGACGGAUCGCCAGGAGCAGAUGCUGCCUACUGCCCAUGCCCACCAAGAACUCCAGGAAUCGGAGGAGAUGCUGCUGGUGAGGCGGACGGAUCGAAGGGAUCCUACAGCAGUUCGGGAAGUGCCGUCGUUCGCAGAGCCAGAUAUUAA